CUAAUUUUUAUCACAAAGUAAACCUCUGUUGAAGUCUUUGGUGGAAGAUUAAGCGAAGCGAACCACAAGCGGCUGUUGUACAUGAAGAAUUUUUGGUGAUAUUGAGACUCAAAUUUCAGUAUUGAUGUUGUAUUGCUAUGCAUUCAACAUGUCAAGUCUCAAGUAAAAAUUCCAGUAACUUUGUUGCUACCCGUGUGUAUUGUAAACUAGUGAAAGAAAUUCGACUCUUUGUUAGACGAGAAUGGCAGAGAUUUUCAGUGACACAGCUUGCAGACAGUUAUCUCAGAUGUUCUUCGCAGUUUUAUUCUUUCAUAGUUCUGAAUAUGUUUUAGCAAUUGCCUUUCACGGUAGUUCAAAUAUUACUCUUAAAUCACUUUUGAUUAGCAAAUACUAUCUUUUGGCAAUGGUGCUCUCAAUAGUAGAGUACUUGGUGGAAAUUUUUUUCUUCCCUGGCUUGAAGGAAUACUGGUGGAUAAGCAAUGUAGGUCUUACGAUGGUUAUAAUUGGGGAAAUCAUUAGGAAAAUGGCUAUUAUAACAGCUGGUCGAGCCUUCACACAUCUAAUUAAGAUCUACCAUGAGGAACACCACCAACUGGUUACUCAUGGAGUCUAUAGCUUUAUACGCCAUCCUGGAUACUGCGGUUUCCUCAUCUGGUCUGUUGGCACCCAGAUAAUGCUGUGUAAUCCCAUCUCCACAAUUGGAUUUGCAAUUAUUGUAUGGAAAUUUUUUCACGAGCGGAUACCAUAUGAAGAAUAUUUCUUGAGACAGUUUUUUGGGCCAAAGUAUGAUGAAUAUGCCCAGCGAGUUCUUUCUGGGGUGCCAUUUGUAAAGUAGUGGUAUAUGGUCAUGUUGACAGAGUAGCCAUUGUCUUGCAUACACACCUUGCUUCAUCAACAAAGUUCACUGCUGUUUUAUUAUAAUAGGGGUGAACACCUUUGAUGCUGACUGACUGAUGGUGGUGAGAGUGACCAUUUUAUUUAUCCGCCUGGCUUUAUGCUCGUAGGUGGUGUUUAUGAAGAUGUUUUGUUAUCGUAAGGUGCAGUGUCAAGUUUUAUUAUUAUUCUUCCAUCAGAAAGUUAUCAGACAGCUUACAGUUGUCAAUCCAUAACAAGUUUCUGGACUUUUUGGAUUUGUCAUCUUUUGUGCUUGGUUUGGUUAUACCUUUUAAACUUGUUAUGGAUUGUGAAAGAGCAUUUUGUUAUAAUUUUUGUCAAACUGCAAUACAGAGAUUGCUUCCCAUGUAUCUGAUUAAUUGAUAGUUGCUGAAAACAUAGUUGUAAUUGUAUUUAUGUGAAUGUGAACUUAACAUUUGCUUAACCUAAAGAAUUUUUGGAGACAAGUUGU